GCCUACUUUAGUUCCUUCUGCAAGAGCUCAGAAUCACAAUAAGGAAACUAACCCCAAAGAUGAGCUUCGCAUGUAAGGUCUUAGCCAGCUUCCUUCUGAUUUUCAUCUUUUCUACCAAAGGUACAGCUCCAAAGCACAUCACUAUCCUGGGAGCCCUGGAUCACGACAUCGACCUGAACAUCCCUAGUUUUCAAAUGAAUGAUGCUAUAGAGCACAUACAAUGGAACAAAAACGAAAUGAGGAUUGUACAGUACCAGCAGGGCAAGAUACAUGACGAGCAAAAGGAAACAUACCAACUCUUCCUAAAUGGAACUCUGAAAAUUAAACGUCUGAACAGAAGUGACACCGGUACCUACAAGGUCAUCAUAUAUGAUAAGGAUGGGAAAAAUGUGUUGGAGGAAACAUUUAUUUUGAAGGUUCUAGAGAAGGUCUCUACACCUGUGAUUUCCUGGAAUUGUAUCAACAAAACCCUGACCUGUGAGGUAACGAGAGGAACCGACCUUAAAUUAAGACUGUAUUACAAUGGACGCAGUGUCGGAGAAGGUCAAAAGGUCAUCACACACAAGUGGAAUGCCAACCCGAACGGAUCAUUCACGUGCACAGCAAAUAACACCGUCAGUGAAGAAACCAAAACGGCGGUCAUCGAGUGUCCAGGGAAAGGUCUGGAUAUCAUCCUCAUCCUUAGCAUUUGUGGAGGAGGCCUCAUGUUCCUCAUCUUUGUGGCGCUGCUCAUUGUCUACAUCAGCAAGAGGAAAAAACAGCACCGAAGGAGAAACGAUGAAGAACUGGAGGUCAGAGCACAUAGAAAAAUCUCUGAAGAGGGGGGCCGGAAGCUCCAACCAGUCCCAGGCUCAGCUCCUCAAAAUCCAGCUGCGUCCCAACCUCCUCCACCACCUAGUCAUCGUCCCCAGGUGCCUGGUCAUCGUCCCCCACCUUCUGGCCACCGUGUCCAACAGCAGCACAAGAACCAGAAGCAGAGGAGGCCUCUUCCCUCCCCGGGUACACAAGUUCACCAGCAGAAAGGCCCUCCCCUCCCCAGGCCUCGAGUUCAACCGAAAUUUCCCCGUGUGGCCACAGAAAACUCCUAACUGUCUCCUGGCACAGUUGUCCCCUGUCUCAGAAAGUCACCGUGGAAUUCCUGCACUCUGGUGCGCAUGCCCGCACUAACGUCAAGUGCAUCCUACAUGUAGAACAUUAUCGUGUCCCGAGCUCGUGGGCCACAGCCACCCCUGCGGCCACGUGGUCUCACACCUGGAGUCCCUGGCCUCCUCCUAGAGCUCCACCACACCAGGAAGGGGAAGACAAUAAAAGUGCAAUCGUUAGGAUGAUGGGUGACCGAGGUCUCUUCGUCUCCCUGUGCGACAUCCGGCAGUCACUGUGCCCGUACUCGCCGUAAGCCGCCUGCCUGCUCGACAUUCUUGGGUGUCUUACGUGCCUGGUGGACACUUGCCCACCAUCCUGGGAGGAGACCUUAAAUAAAAGCUUGACUUGACCCCAGUGUCUACUCAUUAUAGAAAGGA